CAGUUCGUACACGUGUUCGCGGUUAGCUUGAUGCAGUAAUCCUUGUUGGCGGUCACUGUGACAGUAUUAGUUCUCACAUAUUCACAUGUUUAUCCAAAGAGCAUUCCAAUGAAAACAACACAGACAAGGAUAAAUGAUCAAAGUUGAACAAGGACACAGUCAAGAUGCCUUUAAUGAAAAAUGGAGACGUUCAGAAUGGGAAGAUAGCAAACGGUCACUCGGAAUCAGAAAGCUUGACGACAAAAGCCAACAAGAAUGUGAGACUGAAGAAACAGAUCAGCCUGUUCCAGGCUGUGUGUAUCAUUGUAGGGAUUAUAAUAGGCUCGGGGAUUUUUGUAUCUCCGGUAGGGAUUUUACAAAAUGUCAAGUCUGUGGGCAUGUCUUGUGUGAUGUGGACAGUAACAGGCGUUUUCUCGGCUCUUUGCGCCUUGUGUUUUGCUGAGUUAGGCGCAUGCAUCCCAAAGUCGGGAGGCGAAUACACUUAUAUACGUGAGGCGUUCGGAGACUUCUUCGCGUUUUUAGCACUGUGGAUUAAUUUUAUAAUUAUUUGUCCAGUAUGUGUGGCAGCAUCUUGUCUUAUUUUUGCAACAUAUAUCCUCAAGCCAGUGUAUUCUGACUGUGAACCACCGUUUGUUGCUGUUCGUCUGAUCGCGGCUCUUAUCAUCGCGCUGCUGAUCUCUAUCAACUGUGUUAAUGUGAAGUGGGCAGCUAAAGUACAAGUUGGCAUCACUAUUUGUAAACUCGUUGCUCUUGCCACCAUCAUCGUCAUCGGUUUCGUCUACCUUGGAAAUGGCAAAGUGGAAAACUUCAAAGAUUCCUUCGCAGAUAGUGACUACAGCGCCGGGGCUAUUGCAAUAUCAUUUUACUCGGGAUUUUGGGCAUUUGGAGGAUGGAGCUACCUUAAUUUCUUGACUGACGAGUUAAUUGAACCUCACAGAAAUUUACCACGAGCUAUCCUUAUUUCCAUGGCGAUUGUGACGUCAGUAUAUUUGGUGGCAAACAUUGCUUAUUUUGCUGUCCUCACGCCGACGGAGAUGCUCCAGUCUACUGCAGUGGCUGUGACUUUCUCUGACUUGACCGUUCCUGCGAUGUCUGUAGUAGUUCCUGUCCUGAUCGCGAUCUCGGUGGCAGGUUCAAUGAACGGUACUAGCCUUUCAAUGUCGAGGUUAUUCUUUGUUGGUGCCAGCAAUAAUCAUCUUCCCAGUAUAAUAGCCAUGAUCAACUACAAAUUUCUCACACCAGCACCGUCUCUGAUCACGAUCCUGGUAUUGUCACUGCUAAUGCAGAGCCUGGGCGAUGUCUUCUAUCUGAUCGAGAUGAUGGGCUUUAGUUUCACCACUGUCCUGGCGUUCGUAUUCGCAGGACAGAUUUACAUGAGGAUCACAAAACCUGACAUGCCUAGACCUAUCAAGCUCCCUCUGGUGUUGCCAAUCUUCCUGUUUGUGAUGAGUCUUGUGCUCUUGGUACUCACCUGUAUUCAGAAGCCCGACAUCAGUCUACUCGCCUUCUGUCUCACCAUGGUCGGGGUUCCCUGUUACAUUCUCGGCAUAUAUUGGAAAUCCAAACCACAAGUGUUCAAUAUGUUUAAUCAUAACAUCACAUCUCUUAUACAAAAGGCUCUUCUGGUAGUUCCACAAGACGAUGAAAUUGAAUGGUGAAAUCACGUAUCAACCAUGUGACGAUGACACGUGUUGAUAUUUGACUAGUCUAGAACCUAUAAGAUCUUGUUUUGGAGAAAAGUUACUUGUCAAGAACUUAAAGUGUUAAUGAAUUAGCGCUGUCUACAAACAUGAUGUAUAUUGUCAUCAUGUCGAUUUUAGUGUGACAGGAGUGGACUAUGAUGAUAUGUGUGAUUUAGAUUUGUUGUAUGUCAGUCAUCCUCGACUCUCCAGGGGGGUGCUCACUUUCGCUCUCUGCACCCCUGGAAUAUAUCAUAGCGAAAUUGAAAGCUCAGUGUGUUCAACCUUGUUGAUGAGACAAGCCGACUAGUUUGAUCAUUUGAUGUACAUCAAAAGAAUCUCGCGGUCACGUAACGGU